UCAAGACUGAUUAGUUAAUGUGGGCGUGGUCACUCUUUAUAGGCGUGUCAGAAUUAAAAUGGCCGCUUUGAGAGUUGCUUUGAACCGCUCUGUUAAAAGGACCACUCUUUAUAGGACAUUAGCUUCAUCUGGUCCGGGGAAAGAAGAGAAAACGAGUUAUGGUAAUCUGAAAGAUCAAGACAGAAUAUUUACAAACUUGUACGGGAGGCACGACUGGAAACUGAAAGGAGCUCUUUCACGCGGUGACUGGUACAAGACAAAGGAAAUUAUUUUAAAAGGAAGAGAUUGGAUAGUGAAGGAGAUAAAGGAGAGUGGGUUGAGGGGGCGUGGUGGGGCGGGGUUCCCUACUGGACUCAAGUGGGGUUUCAUGCCACCUGACGACAAGAAAGACGACAGACCCAGUUAUUUGGUUGUUAACGCUGAUGAAGGGGAACCAGGAACCUGCAAGGACCGAGAGAUAAUGCGACACGAUCCUCACAAACUCGUUGAGGGUUGUCUUGUAGCCGGCCGAGCAAUGGGAGCGAGAGCAGCUUACAUCUACAUAAGAGGAGAGUUCUAUAACGAAGCCAGUAACAUGCAACACGCGAUACUUGAAGCAUACGAAGCCGGUCUCAUUGGAAGGAACGCCUGUGGUUCUGGGUAUGAUUUUGAUGUUUACAUGCAUCGUGGAGCAGGGGCUUAUAUCUGCGGAGAAGAAACCGCAUUGAUAGAGAGUUUGGAGGGAAAACAAGGCAAGCCAAGACUCAAACCUCCUUUCCCAGCUGCUAUUGGAGUCUUUGGCUGUCCCACUACUGUGGCUAAUGUUGAAACUGUAGCCGUAGCACCUAUCAUAUGCAGGAGAGGUGGGUCGUGGUUUGCUUCGUUUGGGCGUGAGAGGAACCGAGGGACGAAGCUGUUUAAUAUAAGCGGACAUGUUAACAACCCGUGCACUGUUGAGGAAGAGAUGUCGGUCCCUUUGAAGGAUCUAAUUGAGAGACAUGCUGGAGGAGUGAGAGGUGGGUGGGACAAUCUCCUAGCUGUCAUACCUGGUGGCUCAUCUACACCACUUAUACCUAAAUCUGUCUGUGAUACUGUUCUGAUGGAUUUUGAUGCUCUAGUUGAAGAACACUCGGCUCUUGNGACAGCAGCUGUCAUUGUAAUGGACAAGAGUGCUGAUGUGGUCCGAUCCAUAGCAAGACUCAUAGAGUUUUAUAAACACGAGAGUUGUGGUCAGUGCACCCCAUGUAGGGAGGGAACAGGCUGGAUGACUAGCAUAAUGUACAGAUUUGUCGAAGGAAAAGCCAAACCAUCAGAGAUUGACAUGCUACAGGAACUAAGCAAACAGAUAGAGGGUCACACUAUCUGUGCUUUGGGAGACGGAGCAGCCUGGCCUGUCCAGGGAUUAAUAAGACACUUUAGACCAGAGCUAGAAUCAAGGAUGGCCCAAUAUGAAAAAAUGCGAGCAAAUUCAACAUCUUAAUAACUAAUGGCAAACUUGUAAACUACUUUACUACUACUAAUAAUAAUUUAAUAUACUGCUAUGUGUACACUUAAAACCUGCUUUGUUAUUAAAUAUUGCCCAUAUAUAAUUCGUAUUAAAGUAUUUAGUAGCUAAAUUGCUUCCUUCUAUAAUUG